AUGACUUCAAAGGAAGUGUUCUCGGUCACAACCGAUCCCAGAACUCCAUCUGAGAUCGACGAGGCAUCCGACAGAAGUUCUAUCGAUGCUAGAAACCCUUUCAAGGAUCCAAAGGUCGCCGAAUAUUAUCGUACCUUGUACGAAGAAGCACAGUACGAGUCUCGCGAAGCCUUCGACCCGGAAAUCGAAUGGACAGCCGCAGAAGAGAAGAGCCUUGUUCGCCGGCUGGACUGGCAUGUCUGUCUCUGGGCGUGUGUCAUGUUUUUCGCGCUACAACUUGACCGGGGGAAUAUCUCGCAAGCUCUUUCUGACAACAUGCUCGACGACCUCGGCCUGACUACGAACGAAUACAACUAUGGCCAGACUUUGUUCAAGUUGUCGUUCAUGGCAGCUGAGGUUCCUUCUCAACUCGUCUCCAAGAAGCUGGGACCUGAUCGAUGGAUUCCGAUUCAGAUGAUGCUAUGGUCCAUCGUCGCUGCUGCACAGGCCGCUCUUAGUGGUCGCUCAAGCUUCUACCUCUGUCGCUGCCUGAUUGGCGUCCUCGAAGGCGGUUUCAUCCCUGACCUUGUGUUGUGGUUGUCAUACUUCUACACCAGCACCGAGUUGCCUGUCCGUCUGAGUUUCUUCUGGACCGCGCUUAACUUGACCACGAUCCUUGCCUCGCUUCUGGCUUUUGGCAUCUUCCAUCUUGACAAUGCUCAUGGUCUUGAGGGCUGGAGGUGGCUGUUCCUGAUUGAGGGACUUAUGACUUUCGCUAUUGGUGUGGCUUCCGUCUUCCUCAUGCCUGCUUCGGCAGUUCAGACAAAGACAUGGUUCCGUCCCAAGGGCUGGUUCACGGAUCGCGAGGUCAAGAUUGUCGUCAACCGUGUCCUGAGAGAUGAUCCAUCCAAGGGCGACAUGCACAACAGACAAGCCAUUACGAUCCGUCGUCUAUGGCAGUCCCUAACUGAUUAUGACCUCUGGCCGAUCUACGCCCUUGGCUUGGUCGUCUUCAUUCCUGCCACUCCCGUCACCAACUAUCUGAGUUUGACACUCAGACAUCUUGGCUUCAGCACCUUUAACACUAACCUUCUCACCAUUGUGCCAAACGCAGUCACCAUCAUAACUUUGCUGGGUAUAACCUGGCUAAGUGAGAAGGUGAAGGAACGCUCUUUCAUCGCUUGCAUCCAAAACUUGUGGAUGAUGCCUUGCUUGAUAGCAUUGCGCUGGUGGUCUGGUUCAGGAGUCAAUGUCUGGGGUACAUAUGCUCUGCUGGUCGUUCUUCUUGGCUACCCUUACUGCCACGCCAUCCUCGUCGCAUGGACAUCACGUAACGCCGGCUCGGUCCGUACGCGUACAAUCUCUGCUGCUGUCUACAACAUGUCAGUCCAAGCUGGUGGUGUCAUUGGCUCGAACAUCUACCGUCAGGACGACAAACCACUAUACCACCGCGGCAACAUGCAACUAGUCGCCGUCAACUGCCUAGCCAUUGCACUAUACGCGCUCGCCAAAGCAUACUACGUGUUUAGAAACAAGCAAAGAGAAAAGAAAUGGGGUGCUAUGACUCAGGAGCAACGAGACGACUAUAUUCAAAACACCACUGAUCAGGGCAAUAAGAGAUUGGACUUCAGAUUUGCGCACUAA